AUGCGUCGACGCCAGAGUAUGCAAGUCCUCGAGCUCGAGGCCCGCGUCGAGCAGCUCAUAGCCGAGAACCGCCUGCUCUCCGACGCCCGCCACAGCACCGACCAGCACCUGAGCCACCGCGUCGUCACCGCCCUUUCCGACCGGGACACCCAGAUCGAGAGCCUCAAGCAGACGCUCAAGUUCCUCCGCGGCGAGGUCUCCCGCCUGACCGAGGUCAAUGAGGGCCUCACCAGCGCCAAUGCCGAGCUGGCCAGCAAGGACAACAGCCGCUACGCAGACCUGCAGGUGACGGCCGACCGGGGCGGCAACCAGGAUGCCCUCAUCCAGGCCCUGCACGAAAAGGACGCCCAAAUCGCCGACCUGACGGCCAAGCUCGAUGCCGCCAAGGAGCGCAUCCGCGAGCUGCAGCGCCAGAUCCUCGAAACCAAGGCUGCCGACGUGCAGUUCCUCAACAUCAAGGACGAGGACUAUUUUGACCACCGCUGCCAGCAGCUCUGCUCCCACGUCCAGCAGUGGGUGCUGCGCUUCUCCAAGUUCUCCGACAUGAGGGCCUGCCGCCUGACCAGCGAGAUCAACGAUGAAAAGGUCAUCGACCGCCUUGACAACGCCGUCCUCGACGGCACUGACGUCGACAGGUACCUCAACGACAGGGUCCGCCGGCGGGACAUUUUCAUGUCCAUGACCAUGAACAUGAUUUGGGAGUUUGUCUUUACCCGCUACCUGUUUGGCAUGGACCGCGAGCAGCGACAGAAGCUCAAGUCGCUGGAGAAGCUGCUGACCGAGGUUGGCCCUCCGCAAGCGGUGCGCCAGUGGCGUGCCGUUACCCUUACCCUGCUCUCGAAGCGUGAUUCGUUCAAGAGGCAGCGAGACCUGGACACGGAAGCCGUCGUUCAGGCCAUUUACCAGACCCUAUGCAAAGUCCUCCCGCCACCGUCCAAUCUGGAGGCACAGAUUCAAGCCCAGCUGCGAAGGGUCAUGCACGAGGCCGUCCAUCUCUCCAUUGAGAUGCGCACGCAAAAGGCCGAGUACAUGAUGCUGCCGCCCCUACAACCGGAGUACGACGCGGACGGCGAGCUCGUGCAGACCGUCCAGUUCAACGCGUCCAUGAUGAACGAGCGGAGCGGAUCGCUCAAGAUGACCAACGAGGAGCUCGAGGAACGCGGCGCCAUUGUGCGCGUCGUCCUCUUCCCUCUGGUCGUCAAGAAGGGAGACGACGACGGCUCCAACGACGAGGAGAUUGUCGUCUGUCCCGCCCAGGUGCUCAUUGCCCGCAGCAAGCUCACGCGCCAACCCACGCCAGCAUCUACUGACGGGGGGAGAGCUUCUACGGGCACAGGCCGUCUGAGCGGCGGCCCACCGUCUCCCGAAACUAGACCGUCCAAAGCUGUCUAA